UCCUCCCAUUCAAAAACACAAACCUAACUCUCACAACAAAAAAAAACCUCCUCUUUCUCUCUCCAACUUUCCUCAAGCUUUCUCUCUCCAAAACAACAACAACAAUGGCGUCCUCAGCUCGGGAAGAGAGCGUUUACAUGGCGAAACUCGCGGAACAAGCGGAGCGUUACGAGGAGAUGGUUGAGUUCAUGGAGAAGGUGGUUUCCGCGUCGUCGGAAGGGGAGGAGCUCACGGUGGAGGAGCGAAACCUCCUUUCCGUCGCCUACAAAAAUGUCGUCGGAGCUCGCCGUGCUUCGUGGCGUAUCAUCUCUUCGAUCGAGCAGAAGGAGGAGAGUCGCGGCAACGAAGACCACGUCUCUGUCAUUCGCGACUACAGAUCUCGCAUCGAGAAGGAGCUCUCUGACAUUUGCGACGGAAUCUUGAAGCUUCUAGAUACUAAGCUUGUUCCUGCUGCAAGUUCCGGUGAUUCCAAGGUGUUUUAUUUGAAGAUGAAGGGAGAUUAUCAUCGUUAUUUGGCUGAGUUUAAGACGGGUGCUCAAAGGAAGGAAGCCGCUGAGAGCACUCUCACCGCCUACAAGGCCGCUCAGGACAUUGCAAAUGCUGAGCUCGCUCCAACCCAUCCAAUUAGACUUGGAUUGGCUCUUAACUUCUCAGUGUUUUACUACGAGAUUUUGAACUCUCCUGACAGGGCUUGCAAUCUCGCUAAGCAGGCAUUUGAUGAAGCUAUUGCUGAGCUAGACACCCUAGGAGAAGACUCAUACAAAGAUAGCACUUUGAUUAUGCAACUCCUCCGCGACAACCUCACUUUAUGGACAUCUGAUAUGCAGGAUGAGGGCGCUGAUGAGAUCAAGGAGGAGGCUGCCAAGCAGCAGAAAGCGGUGAACAACAAUAAGAUUGCCUACUAAGGUUGGAAUUAGGGUUUUAAACUUCUCCAUAGUGGUUUUAAACUGGAGAAGUGUGCUUGUUUAUGAUUUUAGGGGUUUUCUGAUUCUGAACAAGUAUUGCUUUGAUUCAGCAUUUGUCAACUUGGGUGAUGAUUAUCAGUCUAUGAUUGCCAUUCCUAUAUAUUAAUAUGGCAUAUCUGUCUGCCUCUAUAUUCUUGUGUAGCUUGUUUUAAAGUUGGCCUCAAUUGCCUUUUUAGUGAUUCAGUCUCAAUUAAUGCAACUCCUUUAAGCAA